AUGCAGUCACACACGAGUGCCGAGUCUACUCAGCAGAAUGCUGCUGCCGGCCAUCCUGUUCUUUCAAGGCUGAACACUGCCGGCCUUGGAAGUCAGUCGCGGACGAGCGACAACCAUCUCCCCACUCCCCCGCCUUCUGCUAAACUGCCCAUGUCGAUGCCAACGGCAGCAGUCGAUAUGUCAAUGGCAGACAUUCUGCCGCCGGGUGGCUUGGAGCGCCAUCAGCAAACUCAUCCUCCGAUGCAGGCGAUAUUGGAUCCGGGAUAUCCUACGGCGGCGCAGAUCCAGGCUUAUAACCAACAGCAGCAUGCUCGGGCUCAGCAACUACUCCAGCAGCAAAGUCUACAACGGCCCAGCUCGGCGCACGCCUAUCCUCCUCAGCCAUCCGCACAUCCUUCCACCUCCCAAGGCCAGCCCCAUCAACGCCGCGAUCAAGUGCAAGUGCAAGGUCGCCGUGAGAGUCAAUCACGGCUGCCUUCUGCGGCAGGACAGUUUGAUCUCCCGCGCCAUGUCUCCGGCCAUGGCCACAAUUCCACUUCCUUGCAGCAACCAAACCAGGCAAGCGCGCUCCCGCCCACUCGUCUCCCGAUGCUAACCUCUGCUCUUGCCCAGCUUCGAUACAUGCCAUCUCAGCAGCCACUCGCGGGGCCAUCCAACCACUCGCGCCAGGCAUCAUCACAUAGGCCUCAUCACAAUCCCACGCCCAGCUCAGAGACGACUGUCGGCCCUCGACCUCAGCCCCUUCAGCCCCCAGCUCAGCCUCAACUUCAGAAUAACGGGCAAGCUCAAACACAAGUGCAAAGCUUUCCAAACUGGAGCCCGACGCAAUGGGAUACUGGUGCUCAUGCGCGGGGGACAUUUCGUGGUGUCCGCGAAAUCAUGGAGCAGACCAUGGUCCGCGCGGAGGCGACGCUGCACGAAGAGCUUUCAACGAUUAAAGAGCACUAUGGCGCCCGUGAAAAAAAUGCCGUUCGUUUGUUCAAUGGACGCAUAGCUGAGCUUUAUGCUAUGAUCGCCGACAGCCAUGGUCAGCGCGAUGCGGCGCUGCGUGAGCGUGAUAAAGCCCAAAACGAUAGAGCGACUUUACUGGGGGCGUCCUUGAGGUGGAAGCAGGGGUUCAUGAGUUUAUAUGAGAGGGCAAAGCAAAUGAAUGACGAGUGUCUGAGGUUGUGGAACGAUAGGACGCGCUUGAAUGCGGCUUUGGCGAAGCUAGUUGUAGAGGCAAGCGAGCGAGAAACUAAUGGCUCUGUAAACGUGUCUCUGGAGAAGGAACGGAACCUACUGAUCUCAAAUCUCCUGGAGCAGACAAAGCAGGAAGAGCAAAUGAGAAAGUACGAGGAACAGAAGAGGAUAAAGGCGGAGCACGAUCUCGAGCUGAUGAAGGAAUAUUUCAGAAAGAACGUAUCGCAGCAGAGUUCUUCAGCGGAAGGUUCGGAAUCAGGGUCCUGGCAAGAGCUUCCGCAGGCCAUCGCUUCCAUCCUCAAAUCGCCAUCUGCGGGGGCUCAAGCUCAGCAGCCGUUAUCCUCAGAUUCUGAGCGGGUGCAUGCACCUAAAAUUAUGCCUGUCGCUGCUGGUGUUGCUGGUGUGGUGACGCCUCCAAACUCGAGGCUGGGGACUGCUGACCCAGAAGGCGGAAAUAAUCGUGCCCUCUCUUCCCCUUUACCACCGGCAAUGCAAGACGUCAUUGAUCUCACGCUCGAGGGAUCCGAUGAGGAGCGUGAUGAUAAUCUAUCACGAGUGGUCGCGGAUGCGCAUGAAGUGGGGAAGAAGCGUGAGCGAACUUCAUCAGAGGCAAGCAUUGCAGAAAUGGUCUUUUCAGCAAAGAGGAGACGGAUAGCAGAGGAUGCGGAUUUCAGCACAAGUGCGGAUCCGGUGGCUUUCUUUUCGGAGAGAUGGGCGAGUCUCGAGCGGGACAUUGCAAAGAUGCUUGGACCUAUCUCGUGGCAGCCGCCUUCGCAGGUGAUCGCUGAAAGGAUUAAUAUUUCCACUCCUGCCCCUGCUCCUGCCCCUAUUGUGAAUCCCUUUUCGAAUGUAGCAGGAAGGUCAGGACAGGAAAAUGCGGAGCCCCCCUUACGGACGCAGCCCGAUGCGGAGGCAGAAAUAGCUGAGCGGGAUAUGGUGAUAGACUUGCAGUUGGAAUACGAUGACGACGAAGGCGCAGGGGAGGACGAGGAGCGCAAACCGGAUGCCGGUCAGCUAAAACAAGAAGAAUCCGACGAACUCAUCAAAGAAGAGGAGGACGUCAAGCCAGACGUGGCUGUGGCUUCUCCCGCUGCUGACUUUGCUCCCCUUCCAAAUGCAGGGAAAGCCGGAAAAACUGAAACCGCACAAGAGGCAGAGGAUAAUGUUAAUAUGGGUGACGACACUCUGCUCGCCGACGAUCAGCAACUAUCAGGGUCGAGCUCGAGUUCGAGCACGAUUCCGUCGCCAAGAAAACAAUUGAGCAUAUCUCAUAUCGACCUCGCCUACCGGAGGACAGCUGAUAAUAUGCUCGUUUGCAGGAUGUGCAGGCACGUACCCUCAAGGCAAAAACUUGUCGAUACUUUUCCUGUUACUAUAUACAAGGCAGAUGCUUCGUGGCAGGAAAUCGUUAGCCACGUCGAGAGCGAACAUCCGCCGGGAUUUGAGUUGCUCGUCAACAUGACUCCAGAAGAAAUUGCAGAAAUGAAGUUGACUCUCGACUAA